AUGUGCAUCGACUUUCAAGAUCUAAACAAAGUGUGCCCCAAGGACUGCUACCCCCUUCCAGAGAUAGACGUCCAGGUGGACUCCUUAUCUCAAUAUCCCCUGAAGUGCUUCUUGAAUGCCUACAAAGGCUAUCAUCAGAUACAGAUAUCAGUAGAAGAUGAGGAAAAGACCGCCUUCAUCACAGAUGAGGGGACAUUUUGUUAUACCAAAAUGCCCUUCGGCCUCAAAAAUGAUGGGGCCACCUAUCAAAGGUUCAUGAAUACCCUCUUCAGAGAACAACGGGGACGAAACCUGGAGGUGUACGUCGAUGACAUCAUUAUCAAGAGUCUGACUGAAAUGGCCAUGAUAGAUGUCAUAGCUGAAACUAUCCGUACCAUGCAAGAUGUUAAUAUGAAGCUAAACCCUGGGAAGUGCUGUUUUGGGGUAGAAAAAGGGAAAUUCCUGAGGGUGGUGGUCACUAAGGGUGGAAUCAAAGCUAACCUGGAAAAAACUCAAGCUGUGGCUGAAAUGCGGUCCCCCAGGUCCUUGAAAGACAUCCAGCAGCUGAACGGAAGGCUAACCGCCUUAAACCGCUUUUUGUCAAAAGUCGCAAACAGGACCCUUCCCUUCAUGAAGGUGCUGAAGGAGUGCCUUCAAACAGACAAGUUUAAGUGGACCUCCGAGGCAGAAACCACUUUUCAAGAAAUGAAGGCUUACAUCUGCAAACUCCCAACCCUAGCCACCCCAGUACCCGGGGAGCAUCUACUCUUGUAUCUAUCGGCCUCAAAAACAACCAUAAGUGCGAUUAUGAUGGUGGAACGGGAGGGAAAGCAGAUACCAAUAUAUUUCAUUAGCAGAACCCUCAAGGGCCCCGAGGAACGCUAUAUGCCCCUAGAGAAACUGGCUCUAGCUCUCGUCUUUGCAUCCCGAAGGCUCAGAAGGUACUUACAAGGACAUAAAAUCACCUUAAUGACAGACCAACCCCUCCAAAAAGUGCUAAGGAGGCCGGAGUUGUCGGGGCGGCUGGCUAAGUGGGCCGUAGAGCUGGGGGAACACUCCUUGGAGUUCAAACCCAGGACAACCAUGAAAGGACAAAUACUGGCCGAUUUCUUAGCAGAAGUCCCCGAGGAUGAGGAAAAAGAACUUUUAAGAUGGGAGGCCUUGGAAAGGGAAGAGAAAGAGAAGGAAGACGAGGCUGUGUGGAAACUACUCACAGACGGAGCCUCUAGCGAAGAAGGGAGUGGAGUGGGCAUUACGUUAACAAGCCCUGGAGGAGUUGAGCUAACCUACGCCAUCAGGUUAGAUUUUGAAAACACCACCAACACUGCGGAGUACGAAGCCCUCUUGGCAGGAAUGAGGCUGGCCCAGAACAUGAAAGCGAGGCAUGUAGAAGCCAGUACCGACUCGCAGUUAGUGGUCAAACAAUACCAAGGGGAAUACGAGGCAAAAGACAACACCAUGGCUCAGUAUGUAGCAAAGGUAAAAGAGACAGCCAAAGCUUUCAAGACCUUCAAGUUAGAAUACAUCCCCCGCGGGAGAAACAUAAAAUCUGAUGCCCUCAGCAAACUGGCCUUAGUGGCAUUUGACCAUCUAACCAGAGAAGUCAAAGUGGAGGUACUAACUUCCCCUUCUCUCAGCACAGAAGAGGUGGCUGCAGUCGAAAACGCACAAGAAACAUGGAUGACACCGAUUGCAAAAUUCCUCAGAGGCGGAACGUUACCCGAAGGAGUCUGGGCAGCAAGGAAGGUAAGAGUCAAAGCCUUACAGUAUAAGCUGGUUGAUGGAGAACUUUACCGAAGAUCAUACCCGGGCCCAUCCUUGAAGUGCAUCGACAUGGAAGAAGCUAAGUAUGUGAUCAGAAAAAUACAUGAGAGGAUUUGUGGAAUGCAUUUGGGGCCAAGGACGGUAGUAGCAAAGGCAAUGAAUGCAGGAUUCUAUUGCCCUCGAAUGUAUGAAACAACAUCUGAGGAGAUUAAAAGAUGUGACAAUUGCCAGAUCCACGCACCAAUGACUCAUCGCCACAAACACCCCAUGAUAUCCGUCUCAACGUCUUGGCCCUUCCAAAAGUGGGCCAUCGACAUAAUCGGGCCAUUCCCAGAGGGUCUAGGAGGGGUCAAAUAUGCGGUAGUUGCCAUCGAUUAUUUUACCAAGUGGAUAGAAGCGAGACCCUUGGCAAAAAUAACCAGGGAACAAAUGAGGCGGUUUGUGUUAGACAACAUUAUCUGCAGAUAUGGUGUCCCUAAGGAGCUCGUGAGUGACAAUGGCGUACAAUUUGUUGGAAAACCCUUCAGACCAUGGUGCGAACAAAUGCACAUACAACAAGUGUUCACUUCCGUCACCCACGCCCAGAGCAACGGGCUAGUGGAGAGAGCAAAUCAAAGCGUUAUCAAAGGGAUGAAAGGGAGACUCGGAAGAAAGCAAAAAGGAUGGCUGGAGGAACUGCCAUUUGUGUUAUGGGCAUAUAGGACCACCCCUAAAGACUGCAACGGGGAGACUCCUUUCAACUUAACUUACGGGAUGGAGGCUGUCAUCCCGGCUGAAAUAGGAUCCCCAACUGCCAGGAUAAAGCUCAGUGAGGCCGAAAACGAGCAAGACCUCCGGAUGAACCUGAAUCUGCUUGAAGAAAGGAGAGAAGUGGCAGCAGUCAAGGAGGCUAAGUACAAGAAGCAGCUUGAAAGUUAUUACAACGCAAAAAUGAAAAAGCUUAACCUCGUCCCAGGAGAUUUGGUCCUAAGAUCAAACGAAGCCAGCCUACAAGAAAACACCGGGAAGCUAGGGCCCAAUUGGGAAGGGCCUUACCGGGUUACAUGGGCAAACGACAAAGGAAGUUGCAAGCUGGAAAUGCUCCAAGGCAAGGAGGUCCCCAGGACAUGGAACCUCAUGCAACUAAAGGAAGUAUCACAUAUGAGGGGUUCAUCCCCCAGGAAAAACGGCCAGGGAGCCACUUUUGUAAUGAUUAACUGUUAG